AUGCAUGGAUUCAGGGAAUGCACCAUUUUGUUGGGGCCGAUUCUUCAUGUAUAAGUUGGGGCCAUGCUCAACAUGGAGAACUGGGAUAUGGGCCUAAUGCACAGAAGUCUUCAGCAGUACCCAAAAAGGUGGAUAUUCUUGAGGGCAUGCAUGUUAUGGGUGUUGCGUGUGGUAUGGGCCACUCCAUGGUCAUUGUUGAUGGAACAAAUGUUGGUGAACGACUUGACCAGCUUGAUAUAUACGAUGGAAAAGCUUCUGGUGAAGUAAAUGAGGAACCUGUAAAGAAAACUACAGUGCCUAAGCAGAGUACAAAAAGGGUGCAAGAGGUGGUGACAAUUCCAAGAAGAAGCAGAAAACAAAAGAAUCGUCUGAAUCGGAGGAGGAGGAGGAUGAUGAUGAAGCAAGUGACGAUGAGGAACAAGUAAAUGGUGCGGCCAAGGGGAAAAGGAAACGUGGCGGAAAUAAUUCUGGUAAAGCGAAAGGUAAAGCUAGGGGUUCUGGCCCUGGGAGAAAUCGGGCUCCAGUAAAAACGGGUAGGAGAGGAAGACCCCGUAAGUCUUGACUUGGGAUUUGUGGUCAAAAUUUAAAGUUUUGUUCACCAAGAGAAUUGUACUGUUAUUUGUUGGCUGGUGAAUUUGCCUACCUAUUAUAGUUAUUGAAAUUUUUAUUCUGCUAUGUUUUUAUUGUAAAUUUUUAGGAAACUAGUGGUUGGAUUCGGAGAUCCCAUAGGCUACAAGCCUGGGUUUUAAUUUUUAAAUUAAGGAAAAUGUCUUUGUUUACCUCAUCAGCUGCCACUCUUGUUCGAGUGUGACUGCUGAUUUGAACUUUGAGUUGACAAGGGAAGGCAAAAUGCUCUCACCAGCAAGUUCCAAGAGAAAUGAAGACAGAAAGUUGAGUUGGAA